GUUCGUUCUUGCCUUUCCAUCUCCCUUCCGAAUAUAUCGAGCGUAAACAAUGUCCAGAGACGCUAUAACGAAUGCGGCAGGUACUGUCGAAUCGACUCUCCUCCAUCAGGUGUUCAUCCAGUCAUUACUCUCCCGACGUGUUGUCUCCGAAGCCAUUGCGCUCGAACUUUAUAAACGCGCUGUCACGGCAGUCCGCGCCUACGACAGACAGUUUAAUCCUCCGUACGCUAUAAGCGGUCAUGGAGUGGCAAGUUUCGUGACCGACGUGUCGACUUUGCUGCACAGUGUGAGCUUGGAAGUAAUUCGAACUAUCGAUCAGCGAUCCGAUCGAGCCUUUUUUGUGCUUAGAAACCUGGAUGCUUCGGAGGUUGCGUCAUUUGCAACUGACCUCAACUCGAUGGAAGUUGAAUACUUACGCAACCUUAUUGAAAGUAUUGUCGUUUCAUACCCUGCCAACUCAUUGGCUAUUGGCCAAGCGCGUGAUGUCAUCAAUGACUCUCCUCUUACUCAGCAUAAGAUGACCAAGUCCCAUGCUGAGAGUCUGCUUGACGCAUUAGUCUCUAGAGGGUGGCUUUACAAGUCUAAGCGAACGAGGUUUUCAUUGGGUGUUCGAGCACUCGCUGAACUUGAAACAUACCUCAAGAACGAGUUUGAUCAGUAUGUGAAGUCAUGUGCACAAUGUAGGCGUGUGGUGACCGAAGGUCUUGCCUGCUCUAAUGUGGGUUGCGACUGUCACAUUCAUAACACUUGCUAUGCCCGCAACAUCCAACAAUUAGCCAACCCUGUCUGCCCAAGCUGUUCAUCGAGUUUCCGUGAUCUUGCGCCUAAACCUGUCGGUGAAAAAGCAGUAUCGAUUAUGGAGGACAAUUUCAAAGGUGGUAGGAAGAGAAAAGGGAAAGGAAAGAAUGUUGGGGAUAUGGAUGAUGAAGGUGAGGAAGAAGAGGGUGGUUCUUCUGAAGCAGAGGAUGAGUUGGAUGAGCGAAGGGAAAGCCAGAGUCAAACUCAGAAUCAGGGAUCAAUAAGACGGUCUUAUGUUCCUGAAACGCAGUACGACGAAGAACCGUCAACCGGGAGCGCAGGACCUUCAAAACGUAUUCGAAGAGGAUGAGCCAAAGACUCAAAAAUCUGUUUUACCUACGAUUUCCUAUAUUUGUUCACGACAUCACCUUAUUGGGUUACACAUGCAAAUGCUUUUCAUAUUCGGAU